AGGUGUUAGCCCAGGAGAGUUGGGCGGGGCCUUGUUUAAGCUCCUGAAGACAGCCUGUGAAGGCACAGCCAGUUGAGCUGCGAUUGUCCAUCUGCACUAGGCAUCUGUUUGCCUCCAUACCAGGCACCUUUCCCAUUCUUCAUCAAUACUUUUAGAGCUACUUUUGGAGUCUGCAGUCAUGGCUACUCCAAAUAAAGAUCCCACUGGGAACCUGGAGCUCAAGACCAAGGCUACUGUGACCUUCAGUUCUAAUCCAGUCAGCCCACCAGACAGCACCUGGAAGUUCCACAACAAAGAAUGUAACAAUACCGGCUCAAAGGAGGGGAGCACCCCUGAGGGUGGGAGCAGUGGCUCUGACCCGAGCUCUUGCCAGAAGGUCGAGGGGAUAACAUGGUUCCAAACUUUGAUUCACCUGUUGAAAGGGAAUACUGGCACAGGUCUCUUGGGACUGCCCCUGGCAGUGAAGAAUGCAGGGCUCUUGAUAGGUCCUCUCAGUCUGUUGCUCAUUGGCGUUGUGGCUGUGCACUGUAUGGGCAUCCUGGUGAAGUGUGCUCACCACUUGUGCCACAAGUUACAGAAGCCCUUUUUGGACUAUGGAGAUGCAGUGAUGUAUGGGCUACAGACCAGCCCCAGCUCUUGGCUCCAGAAUCAUGCCCUGUGGGGAAGGCAUGUUGUAGUCUUUUUCCUGAUUCUCACUCAACUGGGAUUCUGCUCUGUGUAUUUUGUUUUCCUGGCUGAUAAUUUAAAACAGGUGAUAGAAGCAGUCAAUACAACUACCACCAACUGCUAUAGUAAUGAGACUGUGACUUUGACACCUUCCAUUGACUCACGACUCUACAUGCUCAGCUUCCUGCCCUUCUUGGUGUUGCUGGUAUUUAUCCGUAACCUCAGAAUCCUGUCUGUCUUCUCCAUGUUGGCCAACAUAAGUAUGUUCGUCAGCCUGGUUGUGAUCUACCAACACAUUGUUCAGUCAGUGCCAGAUCCCAAAAACCUCCCUCUUGUAGCUGAGUGGAAGACCUACCCUUUGUUCUUUGGAACUACUCUUUUUGCAUUUGAGAGCAUUGGUGUGGUUCUUCCCAUAGAAAACAAGAUGAAGAAGAAAGACCAUUUCCUAGUCAUCUUGUAUGGAGGGAUGACCAUGAUUAUACUUCUCUACAUCAGCCUGGCGUGCCUGGGCUACUUGAAGUUUGGAGCAGCCAUACAAGCCAGCAUAACCCUCAACCUGCCCAACUGCUGGUUAUUUCACUCUGUGAAGCUGCUCUACUCUUUCGGAAUCUUUAUCACCUAUGCCCUGCAAUUCUACGUCCCAGCUGAGAUCAUCAUCCCUUCUGCUGUCUCCCGUGUGCCAAAAAAGUGGAAUUUGGUGGUAGACUUAUCCGUCCGCACAGGCCUGGUCUGUGUGACAUGUGCCUUGGCCAUUCUGAUCCCCAGGUUAGACCUGGUAUUAGCCCUGGUGGGCUCCAUGAGCAGCUCUGCCCUGGCUAUGAUCAUCCCACCACUCCUGGAGAUCGUCAUCUAUUACUCAGAGGGCAUGAGCCCUAUCACCAUCGUUACGGACAUCCUGAUCAGUUUCCUGGGUUUCUCUGGGUCUGUGGUGGGCACCUACCAAGCACUCUAUGAGCUGGCCCAGCCAUCUGUUUCUCCCACCUUUUCCAACUUGACCAGCGCCUUUGUACAGUGAUCUACUUCCAAGUGGAACACCUUCCCUGCCUCUCCUCACCCCUCCACUCCCUGUGGAAGGUGAACUCCCUGUUGUGAGGACUAAGUGAGAAAAUUUAUAUAAAUGUCAUUUAUUUUGGGGGCAGCUAGGUGGCAUCAUGGAUAGAGUGCUGGACCUGGAGUCAGG